AUGAACAUUUUUCGUUUAUCAGCUGAUUUAGCUCAUUUGGUAGCAAUUCUCAUUUUGCUAUGGAAAAUAUGGAAAACAAGAUCCUGUGCAGGCCUUUCUGGAAGGUCCCAAGUUUUAUUUUUGUUAGUUUUUGUGUGCCGUUAUUUGGACAUUUUUACAAAUUUUGUGUCAAUUUAUAAUACUGUUAUGAAGUUAUUCUUCAUUUCUUCGUCAGUAGCAACAGUUUACUUCAUUUAUCAAAAAUUUAGAGCCACUUUUGAUAGAAAUCACGAUACUUGUCGAAUUGAAUUCCUUGUUCUCCCCAGUUUUGUUUUGGCACUUUUAAUCAACCACGACUUUUCCUUUUUUGAGGUGCUUUGGACUUUCAGUAUUUACCUUGAAUCGGUUGCUAUUAUGCCCCAGCUUUUUAUGCUAUCAAAAACAGGAUCGGCAGAAACUAUAACUGCACAUUAUCUUUUUGCUCUAGAUUUUUUGGACAUUAUUGCUUUGGUUGCUGGUAUUGUUCAAACUGUUUUAUAUGCCGAUUUCUUCUAUCUUUAUGUUAGCAAAGUGGUCCAACAAAAGUAG